CGUUUAAGUGGCAUUCCAUCAAGAUCCCCGAACAUGUCGUCGUUGUUUAAUUUGAAAAUUCCUGCUCCGGAAAAAAUAACAUAUCAUCAUCCUUGGGAGAAGGUGAUAAAAGAUGAGUUUGCCGGCAAGAUUAAAUACGCCCAUAAUUCUAUAAAGAAUCCUAAAUAUCCAAUAAAAGAAGUUAAGCCUAAGAAACUAGUUGUACCGAAAGAAUCGCGUGUAAGGUUCACUGUGGUUGGCAAUAGAGUUACAAAGGAAUUUAUCUAUUGCGUCAGUAUAGUUAAGGGAUUGCAUAAGUAUAGACCUGCAUAUUUUGAUCCGCCUAUUAUAAGAGCUGUGACUAGUGUAGAAUGGCCUACAGUUUGGAACGAUUUGAAAAUCAGAUAUGGCGAGCUGGCAUACUGUCUGAGCUCCCAAGUAGCGGUUGUUAUGAACGAUACGUUCCUCGGUGGUGAAAAUGAAUUGAAAGAUAUAAUCGAAACGAACUAUGUUUACCAUCUACGCUUGGACUACUUUAAAGAAGGCGUGGACCUCUUCGCAACAUAUGUGAAAUCCUCUGGUAGACCAUGCAUAUAUUUUCAUUUUACUAUCAAUGAUGAAGAGGCUGGAUCUAUGAUAUUUCUGUUGUAUUCUGACAUAUUGCCAUAUACUUGCGACAACUUCCUCCGACUCUGCAAUCAAACCCGUGGUGGCUACGGAGGCACCCCCGUCCACCGCAUUGUCAAAGAUGGUUGGAUACAGUGCGGUGGGUAUGGGCUGAAGAAUAAUGAGGAUUUGGGCUGUGAGAACUUCAUUGUUCCCCACGACCGGCGUGGCGUGCUGUGCAUGGCGAAUGAUGGAAGAAAUGUGGACUGUUCAACGCAGUUUUUCAUACUGCUGCAACCAGCCCCCUGGAUGGCACAAAAAUAUGUUGCGUUUGGUCAACUUAUCGACGGGGAGCGCACUCUACAGAAAAUUGAGCAAGUGCCCACGUACUAUGAGUCGCCGAAAAAAAAUAUUAUGAUAUUCAAAAGCGGUAUAUUUAACAUGGACUGCCAUGAUAUCACGAUAAAUAAGAGGGCCAAAGAAUAUAUCUUUGGACAUAUUGAAGAUCUUUACACUAUUGGAGAAUUGUUUUACGAGGCACUCUUGGAACAUGUAUGGGCAGAAAUUGAAAGACGGGAGCAACAGGCACUAGCGCAGGUGGCAGCUGGUAUGCAAGGGGAAACGGAAGGAGAGGGAGACAUUUUGAAAGAUAGUAAACGGUUUCUCACUAACAAAGAAGAUAUCGAAAAACAAUUGAAGAAAGUGAAAAGCGCUGCGUCAAAAGGUGUAGCGCCCGAAUUAGAAGAGGCGGAACACGAAGAGUUUCACUACGAUUACGAAGAGGAGGCCAGUCAGUACAGGACGCCGUCUGUUGGCCCCACUGCAAGUUUGAUAGUGAAACCGGAGAAACCAUUCUACUUACCAUUGACAGAUGUGCCGUAUCCCGAUGAAGUGGACUCGACUUUUGACUUGAAAAAAUUCCUGAGAGGCGACUAUUGCCAUGAAACUGACUUGCAAGUACGACGCGAGUCUCGGAGGACUACUAUGUCCUACCCUUCUGAAAUGUUAACUGGAUCCGAUGAUGAAGACGAGUCUAACGCGUCUAUUGAUUUGGACUCUGACGAAGAAAGAGAAAUCAAAAAAUAUCUUAGCCAAAAUGUAGAUCGUGUAAGCUUUGCCGGGGACACAGUAAAAAAAAUAUCAAGGGGUUUUGGCAAAUUAAACGUAUUUGAAGAUUCUGAAACAUAUGAUGUUUUACACGACGAGCUUCUCAGAAAAGUGAGAACUGCGAUGCCUGAUAUGCCUACAAGACACUCAAAAAAAGUAUCAGUGAGCAUUAACGCCGACGAGGAAGAGAAGGUACACCAUAAAAUCAAGCGAAGGCAGACCGGUUUCGUAAGGCCGACUGAGUUGGAGAGGAUUCGUAUGCUUGCCAAACUGAAGGAACUGAGGGAGCAAGAGUCAGACGAGGACGAAGAAGGAACUAAAGCCGACAAAAAAACGUCUAUAAAAAUACAUGGUGAUGACGAUGAUGAGUCGCAGCAGAAAAAAAAAAAGGCCCAUGCUGGUUUUGCCGCAGGUGUCUCGAAGACCAAACUCCACGAUGAAAACGCCACAACCAGCAAAACAUCUCUAGAAGAGAAAGUAAGAAGAUCAAAAAGACGCUCAGAAUUCAAGCAAGAUUUGACCAAAAUCCAUGUAAUAGAGGAUUGGGAUGAUACUGAUGAAAAAAAAGUGCGGAUAUCACCGAAAACGGAAACUCCUCAGAUGACAGCAGCACAAGAGAAACAGAAGUAUCUUGCGCGGCGGCCGACGGGCUUCGUGCGGGCCGCGCCCGUGGACCUUGAAGACUCUGAGUUCGAUAUCCAUCGGCCCUCGGUGCUGCAGCGGCUGUACGAAGACGUCGCCGUCGACGACGAUGAAGAAGAAGGGCCCACGUUGAAGGACUACAGACCGAAAACUGAAAUGUUGAACAAAAAGCUUAAUUUACUAACAAUCGACAAAGUACGUCUCACAUCAGAUGAAAGCAAAGAAAAGUACAUGCGUCCCUCCCUGUAUGCCAAAGAACCGUCAAAUGAAUCGCACGUACUUAAUCUUCAGCACGGUAAAAAGUUAGGACGUAAGAUCUCGUCGGACUAUGUGAAAACCAUAGAUCAGAUAGAAAAAAGACAACACAACUCCAUACGGAGUGUUGAGUUUGCCAAAUUGCGCCCGGCAUUGAGCGUUAUGGAUUAUCAAUCAAAAAAUACAAAAUACCAAGAGGAACAACGAAACUCAUCCAAACACCAGGUGAACGAUGUCAAACCUGAAGACGAAAUCACUACUAUAGGUUUGCGACUACCUGGGGAUACACCGCUUUAUUCUUAUGACACCUCUAAAGAAAACAUCAAAGACGCUGGGAACGUAGCGUCUCGGCAACUCAACAUGGUUCGUUCAAAAUUAUCAAGAUUGGUCAUACCGAAUUAUACUAGUUAAUGUCUUUUAUUUUUUAGCUUUAAUUUACUUAUUUUGUUUAAAUAGCUUUAUUAGUUAUAUUAUUAAAUGACUUAAGGUUUUAA